UGAAUGAAAUUCUGCGGCGACUUACUAUUUAUCGCAAAGCAGGGAGAAGUGAAAUUUUGGAGAUGGAGCGAAACGCUUAACGAUGUGAUGACGCACACCACUUGCUCUACUCUUACUAUUACUACUACGACUACUACCACCACCACUUCUUCUACCAUGGAAACCAAAUCUCGAUUCUCGAGGCAGUGCUUGCUUCCCCAACGCCCAGAAUUUUCUUUUCCCUCUUUUACCGUUCCAGCCCCUCCCGUUCCUUUAGUUUCAUGAUCUAAUACUCUUCUUCAGUUCCUGCUUUUCCUCUCCUUUGCUUGGACCAGGAGAGAGAAGAGGAGAAGCAGCAGCAGAAGAGGAAGAAGAGAGAGAGAGAGCGAGGAAUUUUAUACGGAGUGAUUGAAGGGCGGGUUCUGGAGAAGACCCAGUUCAAUGUCAUAGAGCUGUACCCAUGGAAUUUAGCACAUUGCCUAGUGCUUAAAAUGCUGUUUGCUGUAGCUGCGGUUUCAUGGGUUGAAGCCAAGGAAUGAUGGGUGCCUUCAUUGAGGAAGACAAAGAAUGUCGAUUUUUUGAUGCCCGCGGCACGAUUAAAUCAAUAGCUGAUCACCUCGACUCGUCGAGUUCCAGUUUUGUGGAUCGUAAUAGCAUACCGAGUUGUUUUGAUUAUGACGUGUGGACUAGAAGUCCGCAGAGCGUUCAGGAGCGCCGUAGCAAAUUCUUAGACUCGAUCGGGUUGAAGUUGAACCUGGAUCGAAUGGUUCUGGAGAAGUUGGGAGGUGAAUGCCGCCUUCUCACAGGAGAGAUUGAUAGAAGAGUCGGAGAAAUUAGCAGGGCUGUGUUGAGGACUCCAACCUCUGAAGAAGAGUUUUAUUCAACCCGGCCUUCCAUGUCAAGUUGGUCUAAUGAUGCUUCAGAUGUGCCAGAGGACUCUGGCUCAAACAUAUGCAGAAUUGGGAAUUUGGGCGGUGGAAUAGAGUGUUGUUUAGAUCAAUUGAGAAAGGAAAGCAACCAGAAUAAUGUGUUUGGUUUGGACCAAUUGGUGAUGCCUCAAGAGUUCGAGAGCACUUCUUCUUCAGCUCCGAUGCUUCAGCAAUCUAGGGAGAGAGAAAUUGAGGGUGCUAACAACUUAGCAGGGGCAAAGAAUAGAGUAAAAAGUAGGUGGUUAAGAAGAUUGUUUUCAUUUACAUGCAUGGCGGAUAUGCAAGGGGUACCAAGUAAACCGAGAUCCCCUUACUCCUAUCAUGUUCGAGGAGCUAGGGUUCAGAGAGUUAAGGUUCGUCAUUUCAGAAAGCGGUGGAAGGAACUCUCUGCUCUAUUUAGUGGACAAGAUAUCCCGGCCCAUGAAGGUCCAAUUUUGACAAUGAGAUUCAGCCUUGACGGACAGCACCUUGCCAGUGCUGGAGAGGACGGUAUUUUGCGUGUAUGGAAAGUGGGGGAGGAUGCAAGAUCAAAUGAAAUUGACAUCCCAGAUAUUGACCCUUCAUGCAUUUAUUUUACAGUUAAUCAUCUUUCUAAGCUGACACCCUUCAUCUUGGAGAAAGAGAAACUUGGGAAAUUGAAGAGCCUAGGAAAAACGGCAGAUUCGGCUUGUGUCAUCUUCCCUCCAAAGAUCUUUAGGAUAUUGGAGGAGCCAGUACAUCAGUUCUCUGGUCACAAGGGUGAUAUAUUGGAGGUCUCUUGGUCAACCAAUAAUUAUCUGCUGUCAUCAUCAGUUGAUAAAACCGUUCGUCUGUGGCAAGUGGGAUGCGAGCACUGCCUUAAAGUUUUCUCACAUAGUAAUUAUGUAACAUCUGUUCAGUUUAAUCCUGUAAAUAAUGAUCAAUUCAUCAGUGGUUCAAUUGACGGAAAAGUUCGGAUCUGGGAAAUUGCUGGUUGCCAAGUCAUUGAUUGGAUAGAACUAAGAGAUAUUGUCACAGCUGUGUGUUAUAGGCCUGGUGGGCAGGGUGUAGUUGUUGGUUCCAUGGCAGGCACUUGCUGGUUUUAUGACAGAUCGGAUGGUUACUUUCGACUGGAAGCUGAGAUAGAUUUACACAGUAAGAAAAAGGCAACAAGCAAAUCGAUAACUGGCUUCCAGUUUUUCCCACUAGACCCAAGUAAACUCAUGGUCACAUCUGCAGGCUUACAACUCAGAAUUCUUCAUGGAACCAAUAUAGUCGGCAAAUAUAGGGGCCUUCGUAAUACAGGAAACCAACUUUCCGCAUUUUUCACCUCAAACGGAAAGCAUAUUGUUUCCACAUGUAAAGAUUCGAAUGUGUACAUAUGGAACUGCAUUAACCAUGAGCAGCCUUUUCUGUCCCGCCCCAAAAUACUAAGGUCCUGGGAACGGUUCUUUGCCGAUGCAUCAAUUGCCAUACCUUGGCCUGGCUUAAAUGAGACUUCACCAAAUGAAUUGCCAUCAUCUUCAUCACCUGCUUGUUUCUCUCUAAGCCAAGAGUUCAUCUUAGAGUCUUUUCCCAAGGGAUCUGCAACUUGGCCAGAGGAGGAACUGCUUGGUCCAACUGCUCGGGCUGGGCCAUCUGCCAUGCAUAAGUCACACUACAAGUUUCUAAGAGCUUGCCAGAGCACAUCCAGUUCUCAUGCCUGGAAUCUGGUUAUUGUUACUGCUGGGAGGGAUGGACGAAUUAGAUCGUUCCACAAUUAUGGCUUACCUGUGGCUCUUUGAUGUGCUAGAUGGAUGUGGAAUUUCUAAAACAAUCUGAGAUAAUCUCUUUUAUUGGCUUCAGGUUUUAGCUUGCCCUCUUAGUCUUGAUUGCAAAUUCAUUUCUGGAUGGGCAGCCAUGCAAUGCGUGUUUUUGGCAAUAUCAAAGCUGCAAGCCUGAAUUUGCUUUGUUCGUGAAGCAUGUGUGCGUUGUAAGAUUUUUUCUUCUCAGUCUUGAGUUUCUCGUCUGGCCCCUUUAUCAGAAUUCAGAAGAGUACAAUAAUAGGGUCAUGACAGGUGGUCUCCACUUGUCCUAUAAUCUGGCUGGAAAUCAACGACGGAGGUGUCAUAUCUGCAUUGUGAGCUCACAGCUCCAUUCAGGAUUCUUUGACUUCUACCAGUGAGGUUUAUGCCCGCUGGCCCCGAAAUUCAAUGGAGGCCUGUGCCAGCAGGAACAACCUGAGAUGCGUAUCCUGCACGGUCCAGCUGGGCUGCGGACCUUGUUGAUACUCUCUUUUGUGAUCUCUAAAGUUGGAUGAGAGAGCGCAGGGCUGGUACUUGAAUUUGUUUGGACACAAAUUCAGCCAACUUUAUCUGUUAUGGUAUUUUGGCCGGUCUGAAUGAUUUAAGCUGUCGGCGGUCUGCCAUUCGGUGCAAUUGUUGGUGGGACUAGUCGCGACUGGGUGCCUUGGUCAAAUGGUGGUUUCGGGCACCUCUUUGUUGAAUGGCUUGAUAAUCUUCUGUUGUGCCGGGGGCUGGGCUUAUCCAUCUCUUAUUUCUGAUCAUUUUCGAGUAAAAUGCUGUCUCCUUCCAUUUGUGGUGGAUCCUUCCUGACUGUCAUCUGACGGGCAAUUCUUGUAUCGAAGCCAUAUACUGAUAAUCCCCUUUUGUUUCACUAACACAUUUUGCAUCAGCUUCACAAUGGGAUCAUUGAGUUACCAGAGGGAUCAGCCAGAAAAAGAAAAUGUUCUAUAUAUUUUAGCAUGGAAUGUAUUUACCUGUAUGUUAUAUCUGUAUAGAAAUUUUGUAGUGAACCAGCAAAGUAAAGAAUACUAGAGAUUUACUGCCAUGUAUAUGCUGCCCCAGCAGAAAGGCCAAUAAACAGAAACAAAAUCCACUCGUAUCUUUGUUGCUAUGGUUUCA